AUGUCCUCGAAAAUUCUGAUCACUGGGGCCGCUGGCUACAUCACGGGUUGGCCAGCUGGACCGUUCAAAGAUACGGAUGCUGUAUUUGAGACGGAGAAGCAGCUUGCGGAGUCGUUCCCUAUCCGAAACACUGACGUAUCUGUCAUCGAGCAUGCCGCAAAACAAGGAGUGACUAACUUUGUUAUCGUGCCGUCCCUAGUCUAUGGCAAAGGCACUGGUGAAUGGAACAAGGUGUCGGUGGUACUGCCUGUCUACAUUCAAGCUAGCCUUGCACGCCAGGCAGUGUACAAGUUCCCUGAAAACACGAAAGUAUCGGCAGUCCACAUCUCCGAUUUAACAGCAUUAUAUGGGCGGAUUGUUGAGAAGAUCCUCCUAGGCGAGACAUUGCCAUGUGGUAAAGAGGGAUAUUACUUUGCGCUGGCACAUGAUCUCUUCCUUGGAGAAGUGCUGGAUCACCUAGCUCUAGCUCUGAAGUCUCGUGGCCUGGCCCCGGACAGAGACACUCGGGUUUAUCCCAAUGACCAAGUUGCUGCGGAUUUGUUAGGUGUCCCAGAACAAUUCGUGCAGACACUGUGGAACUCGGGAGACAGCAUCGUAGCCGAGGUUCCACUGAGAAUUGGAUGGCGGCCGACAUGGAGUAAAGAACGCUUUUUCGAGAAUAUUGAUGAUGAGAUUGAUGCUGCACUAGAGCUUGGGAAGGCGAAGAGUAGCCUUAUUGACUCACUUUUUCGGGCUGCCCAGGACUAG